CCAGCUUUCAUUUCCUGAUUUCUGUCAGGAACAGGAGAGAAAGAAGAAGAAAAAUAAUGUGUGGGUUUCAUCCACGCACUCCCCUCUCUUCUCUUCUCUGCUUUGAAUUUUGAAAAAAACAAAAAUGGUUGCUUGGCGUCUCGGUGACGGAUGCAUUGGCUUCUCCACUCGGUGACGAGUGUCACUCUUCCGAGAGGUCUGGACAACGCAUUUAUUGAUUCCUGGUUUCACCCUUCAGCAUGAAAUCAGGACCAAAGGAUGGCUGGCACUCUAUUAUGCCUCUUUGUUUGAGAGGCAAAGCAGCCUCACGUUUUUGCAUGUUUCCAAAAGUGAAGGCAGAAGACUACAUUCAAGGGAGCGCACCUGUCUAUCUUAAUGUAUAUGAUUUGACACCGGCAAAUGGCUAUGUCUAUUGGGCAGGCCUUGGCAUCUUUCACUCCGGGGUGGAAGUUCAUGGGGUGGAAUAUGCCUUUGGAGCCCAUGAGUACUCAUCAAGCGGUGUCUUUGAGGUUGAACCUCGACAAUGCCCUGGCUUCAAGUUUAGAAGGUCAAUUUUCAUUGGCAUGACAUGCUUGGAUCCUUUCCAGGUUAGAGAGUUCAUGGAGCGUCAAUCUGCCAUCUACAUUGGUGACUCGUACCACCUGAUUGUCAAGAACUGCAACCAUUUCUGUGAAGAUAUAUGUUAUAAGCUGACUGGGAAGCGAAUACCCAACUGGGUCAAUCGACUCGCAAGAAUAGGUUCUCUGUGCAACUGUAUACUCCCAGACGCCCUAAAGACGACCACUAUUCCUCAUGACCCCAAUUUCAAAGGAUGCGAAAGUGAAAAAAAGAGACUAAGAAGUGCCUUCACUUGCUUGUCGUCAAUGUCGCUGCCACAGAGGGAAGUAUCAAUGUCGUCAUUGUUCCUACAUUCUCACUAUAAAGGCUGCCUACCACCAUGGGAAUUUAAAAGGUCUAGAAAUGGCUCAUUGAAGGAAGGUUGAUAAAAACUGAAAUCCAUCAUCGGUUUCUACACUGCCGACCAACCAUCGGUCUGCAAAUGCUGAGCCAGUGGGGGGAUGUCACCUUCAUCCCUGGCGAGUCCUAGGAGGGCGAAUAUGUUGUUGUUUUGAGAUUGGAGUGUAAAAUCACUGGGUUAGUGCUCGUCUAUGCUAACUGGUGUUUGUGAAGUUUCCGUGUUGUAUUUGUACGAUUGUAUUGUAAAAUCUCAGAUGUUAGAGUUAUUGAUAUGCAGUCAUAUAAUUGUAGGAGA